AUGGACGGAGAGAAGAGAAAAAGGAGUGGAGGGUUCAAUCGUCUUGGCACCAUUGUUCCAGUUGACAGGAAGAGAGGUGGUAAGAGUAAGACAAAAAGCGCGUCAUGGUCGGAACUUCCUCAAGAUGUACUAUUACUAAUACUGGAACGAUUACACCUAGUUGAUCGAAUCCGCUUCCGUGUGGUAUGCAAGAAUUGGCUGCUAGCACCUAUUCAUUACAUUCAACCUGAUAGUUUGCCAUGGAUGAUGAAGUAUUCGUUUGUGGAUCCUACCAUAUGCUUGCUCUCUGAACCUUCUCGCAAACUGCCUUACAUUCUGAUAGACGAAAGGGCGUGGAGCUUGCUGUCCGAUGCAACUGUCUGUGCUUCAAGAUUUGGUUGGGUCCUUUUUUCCAAAAUAGUUUAUGAGCUUUGUAAUGUUACUUUCUAUUAUGUCUAUAAUCCUCUCACCAAAGAGAUUAUAUCUCUGCCCAGAUUUAAGUGGCAACGAGCGCAAAGACAUAAAUAUCUUCCGGAAAAGCAGGCCACCUUCUCGUCCGUUCCAACUUCUCCUGAUUGUGUGUUCAUUCUGGCACAUAUUUGUGACAGGGAAGAAAUCUUCAUCAGCACAUACUCCAAUGGGGAUACAGAAUGGGAGACUCGUGACGUUACUCCUCCGCAUCCAUGCUUUUUCCCUAAUUACCGUAUGGUCUACAUGGAGGGAACCUUUUAUUGUUAUAGUGAAGAGGGAGCGCUGUCAUCCUUCAAUGUUGCUGCCCAAGAGUGGAGUCUAUUGACUGAAUGCAAUUCGAAGAACUGCUGGGACUGGAGUUAUGUUGGAGGGAUGUUGUACUUUCUUGCAUAUGGUGGACAUCUGUGUCUAGUAGAACUCAGGGAACUUGAAUUUAACGUUGAUAUGCCCGAGUGCAAUAUAUAUAGAUUUGAUUGGUUAGAUAGGGUUUGGAAAAAGAUGGAAAGCUUGGAAGGUGGAGCAAUAUUCCUUGGCAAGUUUUCGUUUGGAAUUUCAGCAGGAGAGCAAACAAAAAUGGUUGCGAACAGGGUCUACUAUUUCUCUUGGCAAUCAUAUUCACAUAGGUUCCUAAUCUAUGGGUCGGAGGAAAAAAAGCCUGCAGGUAAGGGAGAAAAGUCCGAGUCACAGGAUACAAUAUAUUAUGGUACUCUUGCAGGUAUGGAUGUGAGUCAAUGGAUCUGGAUGGAACCUCCUCUGUUAAUGUCUUCGGGAGGUCAAUGA